AUGCGCAGCACAGCGCGCCGCAACGUUGACAGGCCGCUUGGCAGCGAGAAUGGGCUCCGUCUCGGACCUGAGACGCCUCAUUUGCGGGCGCUCGCGCAGUUCUCGCUUGCGAAUAUACCAGUAGUCCCACCAAAGGCCCGAUAUCUCCAGAAACGCGGGGUUCUUUCUCUCCGCCAGCGCGCCUUUGCUGGAGAAUCCUCGCGUAUCGAACUAUCAAUGGCUAUCCCUAGCUCGCCCGCAAUCGAGCGCCGACGCCUCCUCGGUUUACGACCUCGCCUACCGUGGCGUGGGAGAGUGUGGGAGGCUCAAGAUGCGUUCGCGCGUAUGGACCAACAGCAGAGCCGCUGCCGCUACUGCUCUUCCAAUGAAGAGGAUCGCCACCGUGCCGGCUACGCGGCCUCGAAUGACGGCCGGUAUCGCUAUGCUCACAUGAUCAACUCGAGGGGCUACAGGCUGGCCAGGCUACAGGCUGGCCAGGCACCGGCCUCAGCGUUCCCGGGACUUUGGCCUGCUGCGGGCGGUGAGGCCAGACUGGUCUCUUUCCGGGGAAGCACCGCGGGGGCCGAUGGGUCGUCCCCGUGUCUCUGA